CGCCCCCGCCUCCGCCGGCGGAGACCCGGAGCCGAGCCCCGCGCGGCCGGCCGCCCGCCGCGAUGUUCCCGCGGGAGAGCAAGUGGAACAUCUCGUUCGCGGGCUGCGGCUUCCUGGGCGUCUACCACGUCGGCGUGGCCUCCUGCCUCCGCGAGCACGCGCCCUUCCUGGUGGCCAACGCCACGCACAUCUACGGCGCCUCGGCCGGGGCGCUCACGGCCACCGCGCUCGUCACGGGCGCCUGCCUGGGUGAGGCAGGUGCCAACAUCAUCGAAGUGUCCAAGGAGGCCCGGAAGCGGUUCCUGGGGCCCCUGCACCCCUCCUUCAACCUGGUGAAGACCAUCCGCGGCUGCCUGCUGAAGACCCUGCCCGACGACGGCCAUGAGCGCGCCAGCGGGCGCCUGGGCAUCUCGCUGACCCGCGUCUCCGACGGCCAGAACGUCAUUCUGUCCCACUUCAGCUCCAAAGAGGAGCUCAUCCAGGCCAACGUGUGCAGCACGUUCAUCCCGGUGUACUGUGGCCUCAUCCCUCCUGCCCUGCAAGGCGUGCGCUACGUGGACGGCGGCAUCUCGGACAACCUGCCGCUGUACGAGCUCAGGAACACCAUCACCGUGUCGCCGUUCUCGGGCGAGAGCGACAUCUGCCCCCAGGACAGCUCCACCAACAUCCAUGAGCUCAGGGUCACCAACACCAGCAUCCAGUUCAACCUGCGCAACCUCUACCGCCUGUCCAAGGCGCUCUUCCCGCCCGAGCCCCUGGUGCUGCGGGAGAUGUGCAAACAGGGCUACAGGGACGGCCUGCGCUUCCUGCGGCGGAACGGCCUCUUGAACCGGCCCAACCCCUUGCUGGCGCUGCCCGCCGCCCAGCCCCGCGACCCCGAGCCAGCCGAGGAGACGCCUCGAGGAGAGGCCCCCUUGCCGCCACGGGGGCAGGAGGAUCACAUCCUGGAGCACCUGCCUGCACGGCUCAAUGAGGCCCUACUGGAGGCCUGCGUGGAGCCCAAGGACCUGAUGGCCACGCUGUCCAACAUGCUGCCCGUGCGCCUGGCCACCGCCAUGAUGGUGCCCUACACGCUGCCGCUGGAGAGCGCCGUCUCCUUCACCAUCCGCCUGCUGGAGUGGCUGCCCGACGUCCCCGAGGACAUCCGGUGGAUGAAGGAGCAGACGGGCAGCAUCUGUCAGUACCUGAUGAUGCGCGCCAAGAGGAAGCUGGGCAGCCACCUGCCCGCCAGGCUGGCGGAGCAGGGGGAGCUGCGCCGUGCACAGUCCCUGCCCUCCGUGCCGCUGUCCUGCAGCCAGGCGCUGCCCCGCUGGAUGCGCAACAACCUCUCGCUGGGGGACGCGCUGGCCAAGUGGGAGGAGUGCCAGCGCCAGCUGCUGCUCGGGCUCUUCUGCACCAACGUGGCCUUCCCGCCCGACGCCCUGCGCCUGCGCGAGCCCGCGGACCCCGAGCCCUCUCUGAGCGCCCCCGGCCUGCCCCAGCCCCCUUGCUGAGCCGGCACUCCCUCCUCCAGAGCGGGAGUUUUGCUGUGAAGCCCCCACAGCCCCUUGCUGGCCACAUCGAGUGGGGCGGGGGCGGAGCACCCUCCCUGGCGCCUCGCCCCUCCCACCCCCCCUGAGAACCGUGCACCUGCGCCUCCUUCCUGGCUUUUCCCGCUUCACAGAACUGUGUGAACAAUUAUUUAUUUUCGCCAAGGCAGACGUAAUAAAUGGCACAGCUUGGCUUCGGCCA